GAGAGAGAGAGAGAGCGAGCAAGGUUAUUCAAUGGCGGCGAAAAACGUAAUGCUCAAGUACCUGAGAGUGCCGGUUGUGCAGCGGAACCCUAGCUCCUACUCCGUCACCGGCUCUCUGUUCAACGCCGUGCGCGCCCGCUUCUACUCGGAAGAGGUGAGGGGCACCUUCCUCGACAAGUCCGAGGUCACCGAUCGGAUUAUCACCGUCGUCAAGAACUUCCAGAAAGUCGAUCCCUCCAAGGUUACUCCAGAUGCUCAUUUCCAGAAAGAUCUUGGAUUAGAUAGUUUAGAUUCUGUGGAGGUUGUGAUGGCACUUGAAGAGGAGUUUGGGUUUGAGAUCCCAGACAAUGAAGCAGACAAGAUCAACUCCAUCGGUCUUGCUGUUGACUUUAUUUCCUCUCACCCUCAGGCAAAGUAGGGUUGACAUGAGGCUUCAUUUUAUUUGUUGCAAGGAAUAGCUGUAGAACUUAUGAGCUUCAUAUUCCUUUUCCACCUUUUUUCUAUUGUUAAUUUUACUUCAGAAGAGCAGUUAUUUUGUUAUGCUUAAACUUGAGUGUGCUGGCAUUUCCAGUUUAUGGAAAAUGUGUAAACAACUCCAUCACUGUUUUGUUCAAAUAAAAGUCAUUUCAGUUUAGUA